GUUUCAUUCUGAACGGAUCAAUUGGUCGAGCACCAGGUUCCACUACGUACUUCCCAUUAAAGUUUUACCAAAAAGACAACGCGAUGGAACCCAGCUACGCGAAGCCACAGAAAGACGAAGUGUACCGUGAGUUGCAGAGAGUCCGAGGAGGCGAGGGCUUCCAUGUAAUAUGUCAGAACCGGAGAUCAAGCAGGGAUUUUUACAACUACUUCCCGACUGAAGACAAGACUGAUUUUUAUCUCAGUCUACUCUUCUACCACACCCAAGACUCCCCCACGGUGAAGGUGAAAUUCCUCCAUCGAAAAGAUUUCAACAACUGCUACGUGAUUGUAAAUAUAUACAACGGGAACGACCUGCGAUCAAAAUCUGCAGCUACCAUCCACACCGCAAAUUCUAAAGGACAUCUCACUGUUAAUAUGAGGAAGGGGGACUACUCUUUGAUGCAGUUUCACAUGCAUGAAUACGCAUGCGAUCACUUCUUUGAUACCGUCCACUACGAUACGUACAACUACGUAUUCAGACGUCUGGACCUCGUCGAAAUAUAUCAUUCAGAUAGUUGUCGACUGCAAGAAUACCACGUGACGCAGGAUAAGGUGGGCCUCCCCAGCAAUUACUUCGCCGAAGACAGCUCAUCGGAAGAUUAUCCUGGUGAUCCGGGAUAUGUACAAGUCGGAGCUGUUACGACUGUCACUGGAAAAGUUUAUGAUGCCGCAAAAACGGUCAGUGUCAUACUCAAGAGCGGCAGCUUCCAGGCGACGAAGUCGUUGGGCAACCCACCAAGUACGCUGUUCAACAUCACCGUCAGGAUAAUGGGCGCUUCUGCGGAGUUGGAAGCCAGCUUCAUUGAUAAACCCAUUGUCAUCGAGACUUCUCACACAAUGAAUGGCGGAUCCAUGCGUUUUCUCAACAUCAAGAUUCUGAAUCUGGUACAUAUGCCUUACUCACCUCUGGCAAGCGGAACCCUUCAGACUUGCUAUGGACUUCUGACGCCACUGCUGCUUUUAACAAGAUCAGACAAGUCAUCGCCGAUGCCACUCAUCUCAUUCUCCCCCGGACUCUGGCUACGCCAUUGACUGAGCUCCGAAGCGGUCUGUUGUGCCUCUAUCUGAACGAGCGGCACAGUUGCUGGUGAGCUGCUUGGAAUCAGCUCCGCCUGUGUGUCAUGUGUGUGUUCCAGUGUCAUUCUUUGUAUGGUUUCUUCUUUUUAUUUCGUUGUUGUCUGAAUUUCAAAUAAAAUGCAGUGAAAAAAGUA